ACUCGUGAUCGAUCGAUGGAUCAACGGUAUACGGAAAGGGAUUACGGCUACGUUCAUUUAUCUUUGACUUUGAUUUAUCACGAACAUGCCGGGGUACGAGGUGUCAUUGAUAAUGAGGGUCAUGAGAAGGAAAUGGUAGAUGCAUUGAAGCGAUCACUCACUCAAGUGAUGGAGAAUGGAGGCAUUGUGAGAAAGAUUGAAAACCUUGGAGAAAAGCAGUUACCUUACCGGAUCAGAGCCCAUCGACAGAAUUUUAGCUAUGGACAAUACUUUGUGGUAGACUUUGAUGGCCCGCCUACCGUCAUUGAACCUCUCAAUGAGUACUUCCGCCGUGACAUUGAUAUCAUCCGUCCUAGCAUCCUGAACAGAGCGUCCGAGCAGUGGCCAGAAGACAUGGUCUGUGAAGGACCUCAUGAUGAACGUUAUAACCCAAUGGUAAAGAAUCUGAAGAAACUCAAGGUCAAUGUCUUACAAGAACUGGAAGAUGCCAACGUGAAGUUAUCGUAGCAUUGAUGAUUGUUCAAAAGGUGUAGGAGAGUGCCAUCCAUCCUUGGAAGAUUGAUGCAACAAUUCUGUUGCACUUAUCUGCAGGAACUAGAACUUUCCACUGUGUCAGCAAUGAGCAUUGAGCAUCCACAAGUAUGGUCAUAGAAUGUUAUCUCUUUAUUGUGAUGAGAAGCAUUGCUGUGUUGCGCUCAAAUGUUUUAACUGCUAUUGGCUCCAUCUUUAGACCCAGAACCCAGCUGGUCCUAUUUCUGGAUAAAGCCAUUUGGAAUUUUGGAAAAGCUGCCGUUUGGCUGGAGAAGUCAUGGAGGCCCUUAGUUGCAAUGGAUCCAGUCCACUAUAACCUGAUGGAUAUUAUUUUUGUGAUAUAAGCCACCUUACUAAGUAAAGAAAAACGAAAUGUCUCUUCCAUUUUCAACAUCUUUAAAUUUCAACUUCCUACAUCUGGGGGUGUCGUGAUCUAGAAGGUACGUCUCGUUUUUCAAUCAGAGAGACGUUGGUUCGAAUUUCCGUCAGCAAGAAAUUAACCUACAUCAUGCUGCACUCAACCUAGGUGAGGUGAAUGGGUAUCAGGCUGGAUUACUUCCUUGAAUGCACCAAGCUCCUUUAAUAGCAGGUGGCGAGAAAGCUGGGGAUAGUGUGCCAUUGAAGAGGCAACUAGAUAAUUGGCUUCUCAUAAAUCCUAUAUAUAAGUAUUAAUUUUAUUACCGGUACACAGAAAUGUGAACCAUAACAAAACUUGUAGUAGAUAUUAAAGUCAACCUUACGCAAGUCAAAUGAUCUAAAUUGCAUCAGGGCGUUUUUGCACCGAUGUGGUGUUUGGAAAUGUUUUUCAAAUGAAGUGUUUUUGCACCGACAUGAAGACUUCAGACCAGGGACCUGUCUUACAAAGAGUUGCAAUUGAUCCGAUUUAUCACAACUAUGGAAAGCCAGCAAUGACAAAAUCUGAAAUACAUGUUUGAAAUAUUUUCUAGAUGUGCUGUACAAUUCAUACAUUCAUUGAUUUCUUGAAAAUUCAGAGUUUUUCUUUUUGCUCUCAAAUGACAAUGUGCAAUUUUUUUUAGAAAAUGACAUUGGUGCAUUCCCAAACAGUUGAGGUCGAUGGGAUUAAUUGUUACACUUUGUAAGCUGGGCCCCAGAAUAUGUGAAAUCUGUCACUAAUGUCUUCGUUAUUUUUGUUAGUUUUUUUCAAUUUUGUCAGUCUAACAGAUUUCUCUGGUCCCAUGAGAUUCGACUAAGGCACAGGAACCUGGCUCCCGUAACACAAAAUUUAGCAAUUAAUCGAUGGAUCCUAACGAUUGAUUGUUCAUUGUAGUCAAUGGAAUCAAUCCAUUCCUAAGAUUUGUGUUACUUGCCCGAGUAAAACUAAUGGCAAUCCUUUGUACUUGUUAUGAAAACAUUGACAUUGUUACCAACCAUGUA